AUGUCAACUUCAUAUUUUAAUUUGAAAUGGAGACAGUCCAUCAAUUAACUUAUGGAGGCCUUAUAAAUAGAGAUGGAUCCCUUGGUUGAGAAUCAGGUCAAGCAAAAUCUAAAACUAGUAAGGCCUGAUUAAGAGUGGUUUGUGUACUAUGGCAAAUUAUACCUAUUUUAUGUGGAUGCAUAUAAAUCACUUGAAAUUUGUUAUGAUUAAUUGUUACAUCCUUAAAAAAGACGUUUAUUAAAGAAGAUGCUUGAAAAUACCAUGUUAAGACAAAUUCAAAUCAAGCAGGUACUAUAAUGAUUUUAAAAUAUGUAGGCCAUGAUAUUCUAUUCAACCUAAGGAAAUGUGAUAAGAUCUGAUUUUGUGAAUUUACAUCAGGUAAUUUUUGAUGAAAAGAGACUCAUAGAAGAUGCUGAAGUUACUUUACCUCAUUAUUUUUCAGAUGAAUAAAAUAGAAAACUUGCUUAUCGUAAAUAAAUGCUUAAUCAUUUUUUAAAUGAAUUUCAUGAUACUACCUAACCAGAAGAAGAAGUUCUAGUAGACAAAGCUGUAUUGGAAAAUAUUGAAUAAGCUAUAUGGUUUAUUUAAAAGAAUGAGAGAGGAAGACAAGGUAUUGAGAGAGUGUUAUUGGCAAAAUAAUUGAAAAAGCAAGAUUUGAAGAAACAAGAGAAACAAAAGAAAUUGCAAGAAGGAUUGGAAGUGCAUGAUUCUACAGAGAGAGAAGAAGCCAUAACAACGAUUUAAAAAUAUUAUAGAGGAUUUAAAGCCAGAGAAAUAGUGUGGGAUAUAAGAGAGUAGGAAUCACUAUUUCUGGGAUUUACAUUGGAAAAACCAUUACAAGAAACCGAUGCUUAUAAGACAUAUCAUUUGUAGAGAGAGAAAAUGAAAGAGAAACAAUAGGAAAGAUUAUAAGAGUAUAAAACAGCCUUAGUUGAAGCAAGAGAUAAUUUAAUGAAUGAUUGGUAGGAUGAUAUCUAAAACUAAAUGUUGGCUGAAAGAAGAAGGUGGUACAUGAGUGAAGUUCAGAAAGCAGAAGGUAAAUUAGUGCCACCAAAAGUUGCUUAAUUCUAUAAAAAAGAUUAAGUGAGAUUGCCAUUGACUGAAGAAGAAUAAGAAAUGAUGGAUUUGUUGGAUAAGGAAAAGAAAGCAGCUAAAAAGAAUAAGGGAAAAAAGAAAAAGAAGAAGAAGCAAGAAGAUGAAGAUAUUNUGUCUGGCAUGUUUACCUUGUUAUGUAGAUGA